GGUCAUUGAAACGAAACGGCGGGCAGGUUUGAACGAGUCUACCGUUUUUCCAGUGCCGCACAAUUAAUUCCUCAUGUGGCAUUAUCCCGUUUGGUUGUUUGCAAUUUUCCAUCUUAGCAAGUCUUAUGGUUACGUUAUCGAAGGUACUGUUGUAAUGCCUCCUGAAGCUCCUACGGACUGGCAUGUCAACACAAGAAUUAACAUAGCUGGUGAUCAGUUCGUUGGUUUUGUGAAAGCAGACGGUAAUUUCGAAGUGACUAAUGUUCCAUCUGGAUCAUAUAUAGUUGAAGCCAUCAAUCCAGUCUAUUAUUUCCAGGGUGUUCGGGUUGACAUAAGUUCUAAAGGUCGUAUUCGCGCGCGUCAGCUAAAUGCACCACAGCCCAAUGCUGUUAAAGAACUCCCGUAUCCCUUACGUCUUUCCAGUUCUGGAAGAGCAGUCUACUUCAAGGCACGUGAACAACUACGUACUUUAGAUCUAUUAUUCAAUCCAAAUGUUCUUUAUGUGUUAGUUCCAUUAUUACUGGUUGUGAUAUUGACAAAAUUAGUGAAUACUAAUGAUCCUACUGUACAAAAAGAAAUGCAACAAAUGAAUAUUCUUAAUCCACAACAACAAUUACCUGAUAUGAGUGAAUUCCUUUCGUCGCUGUCUUUAUUCGGUGGAAAUACUAAGAAGACCACUCCGACAACAGUAAAUAAACGAAAAUCGUCAGAGAAGCAUCGCCAAAUUACGAAUAGUGCAGGGAUUUCUGAGAGUUCAAGUCAAUACACCACCGUCGGUAACACUAGUAGUCCCACUUCAAGUUCAUCGAAUUCAACAACAAAACGAACAACAACAAAGGCAAGAAAAACUGAAUAAACAAGCUGAUAUAUAUAUAUAUAUAUAUUACAAAGUAACUGAUUUACCAAAAUUAUUUUUUAUUUGUAUUUGAAUGAAGAAAGAAAACGACUCAUUUUCACCUGCUCAUCUAUUUUGUUUUCCUUCCUUUCAAUGUUUAUCUUACAAUAAUGAAUGUUUUUUAUUCGAAGUGUUUUUUUAGCCAGUAUAGUUGCUUUCUCAAAUUUACUCCCUAUUCCAUAGUCAGUCGU